AUGCCACCUAAUAAUGCAUUUUUAAAUUAUUUGAUCCACCUCAUAUUGAAAUUAUCACACACCGAGAAACAAGCCAACAGCGGAAGGAUAAUCAAUCUGCUGUCAAACGACGCAGCCAGACUCGAGCUUUUCUUUUUGUUUCUCCACACUCUGUGGGUACUGCCCGUCCAAACGGUCCUGCUCGUAUACCUGAUUUGGCACCACGUGGGGGUCGCGUCCUUGGCAGGCAUUGGUCUUCUGAUGAGCCUCACCAUUCCAGUAUUUGGUAAUAAUGCUCCACAAACUCGGACCAAAGUCAAGCGCAGAAAAGUGGCGACGAAAACGGACGACCGGGUGAUGCUGUUGGGCGAGGUCGUGCGUGGGAUUCGCGUCAUCAAGAUGUACACGUGGGAGAAGCCCUUCGAGCAGCUAGUUUUUCUCGCCCGAAAGUAUGAGAUGGACGUCAUUUCCACGGCCGCGCAUUUGAAAAACUUUUUGUUCGCCGUCUCGUCCUUCUCGAAACGCAUACCAUUGUACGUGACAAUUAUUGUCUACGUGACCCGAGGACACGCCGUUUCGGCUUACACGAUAUUCACGCUGGUGCAGUACUUUAAUCUGCUGGACGUCCUGCUGAGCUCCCAUUUGAUGCGGUGCGUGAACCUAACGUCGGAAGGUCUGGCCUCCAUGAAAAGAAUAAAGGAAUUUUUGGUUCUCGAGGAGCGAACCUCUAGUGUACAAUAUUUGCAAUCAGAAAAGGAGGAGUCAAUAGUUGCGAUCAAAGAUGUAAGCGUUGCCUCGGUUGAGGAUCCCAAGAUUGAUGUCUUGCAUGAUAUCAGCAUCAAUGUGAAACGGAGAUCAUUGACCGCCAUCGUGGGAGCCGUUGGCGCAGGAAAGAGUUUACUCCUGAAACUGUUGUUGGACGAAGCGCGACCGUCGAAAGGUGGGAUUCGCGUGUUUGGGGACGUGUCGUACGCGAGUCAGGAGCCAUGGCUUUUCAAGGGAACCAUCAGGGAAAACAUCAUAUUUGGCGGUGUAUACGAUGCGGACAAGUACCGGAGGGUCGUGGAAGCGUGUGCUCUGUCGGAGGACUUGAAGCAAUUGGCUCGAGGAGACGGAACCGUAGUUGGGGAAAGCGGGGCGACCCUCAGUGGUGGGCAAUGCACUAGAGUCAACUUGGCCAGAGCAGUUUACAGAGACGCCGAUGUUUACUUGUUGGACGACCCUUUGUCGGCUGUUGACGGCAGAGUAGGCAAACGACUGUUGGAGGAUUGUAUCAAUGGAUUAUUGGCAAAUAAGACUCGGGUGUUGAUUACGCAUCAAGUGCAGUUUUUGAAGGAAUCGGAUGAGAUUGUUUUUAUCGACAAGGUAUUGAGAGAAAACACCGAAACUGCCGAGAAAUUUGCAACUUUUGCUUCGAGCGAAAAAAAUACAAUCGACGAUGAUGAAAACAAUAGUUACGAAGAGACACACGAGCUAUUGGAUGGUAAGGAAGAAGUUUUAGAGACGGAGAAAAAUAAAAGUACGGAGACCACUAAUAAAAUGAUGCAACAAAAAUCCUCUUACUGGAAGUACUUUACCUCUUGUGGCUCUUACGCACUGCCUAUUUUGACAGUUGCAACAUUUGCGUUCGCUCAAUUACUUAACAGUGGAUCGGAUUAUUUUGUAGCAUAUUGGAACAAAUGUCAAACGGUCCUUCCGCGUGAAAGUUCAAACAUCAGCAGCAACUUUUCGAGCUUACAUCAACAUACCACUACAAAAGAGUCUCUAGGGUUACCUACAGAAAUUGUUGUUUACGUCCUUGCGUCUUUCACUCUGUUCAUUGUUGUUAUGUCUGUUGUAAAAACAGCCUUAUCUACUGUUGUUUUAAACAGAUGCAAUGAAAGGCUUCACAAUAGUAUGGUAACUUCCUUGAUGGAAGCAAAAAUGAAAUUUUACGAAGAAAACGAUUCUGGAAGGAUUCUCAAUAGAUUUUCUAAAGACAUGGGAUCCGUGGAUGAAAAAUUACAAGCGAUGUUCAUUGAGUCGGCAGAAUAUAUUUUUAUCAUAAUAGGCGUUACCAUGCAAAUAUUGAUAAUUAAUAAAUUAUUUAUCGUAGUGGUUGUCUUGGUGGGAUAUUUACUUUACAUAGGGAGAAAAAUCGUGAUAAAAACAACGAAAGACUUGAUGAGAUUGGACGGCAAAACCAAAAGUCCACUUUUCUACCACGUUAAUUCUACACUCGCUGGUAGUUUGACGAUUCGCGCGUGUCAGGCUCAAUCGUUGGUCACGAAAAAUUUCGAUGACCUUCAAGACAAUCAUACAGCUGCCGCAGGACUCUGUCAAUAUUCUCUAAUGGCUUACAGCUUGUGGUUGGACUGUAUUACGCUGACAUUCAUGGGUCUGGUUAUUUAUAGCUUACUAUUUUUCAAAAACGAUCAAAGUAGUGGCGCAGACAUAGGCCUCGCAAUCACACAACUACUCACUCUUGUGGCACUCAUGGCUAGAGGCAUUAAAUUAACUGGUGACAUAGAAACGCAAAUGAUCUCGACCGAGAGAUUAUUUCAAUACACCGAAAUUGAACGAGAAGAUCAGCAUGAAGCUCACCAGCCACCACCACCCGUUUCCUGGCCACACGAAGGAGCAAUUGAAUUUAAAGAUGUAUCCCUUCGGUACUACCAAAGCGACACGAUCAUUUUGAAAAAUUUGAACUUUACCAUUGAAGCAGGGGAUAAGGUUCUUAUCAUUGGCCGAACGGGAUCGGGAAAGUCAUCUCUGGUAUCGGCAUUGUUCCGUUUGGCCAGAGUCGAGGGUUCCAUAGCCAUCGACAGCGUGGACACACGGGCGGUUGGGCUCAGGCACUUGCGCAACAAGAUCUCGAUACUCCCCCAAGAACCGGUGCUGUUUCCCGUCACUUUGAGGAAGAAUCUGGACCCUUUGCAGGAGUUGGACGACGCGGUUCUCUGGUCCACUUUGCGGGACGUUGAGCUGCACAAAGCCUUUGCGUCUCUGGACGCGACGGUGGACCAGUUGAGCGCCGGUCAGCGGCAGUUGGUGUGCCUGGCCCGAGUCAUUCUCCAGAGGAGGAAAAUUGUGGUGCUCGACGAAGUCACGGCAAACAUUGACGACAACACCGACGCGCUCAUUCGGAAGACCAUCAGAGAGAAAUUCAAGGAUUGCACUGUCCUGAUGAUAUCCCACAGGUUGAACGCGAUCAAGGAUGUGGACAAGGUGCUCGUCAUGGAUAACGGCAGAGUAGUCGAGUACGACCGGCCUCAAGUUUUAUUGCAGAAUAAUCAUGGGUACUUUUCGCGAUUGCUGUCACUCAUUACUAAAAAAACCCUCGUCAACCUUGUGAUAUAAAUAUCGUAGUGGUUUGGAUAUAUUUUAAAUGCAUAGAAAUGCCAGCCAUCACGGAUUUCUUAUCGGGUAAUGAUUAUCCAAUCCAUUGAAACCACAACGAAGAAAUAUGUUUUUCUAUUACACGCCAAGUCAACGGAGCUCUAGUUGAAUAAAUUAAAAAAAA